UUUGGCAUCUAUUGUAAAUGUUUUCCACUCAGCGGCGGUCAGCUGGUAGCACUCUGCCCCUCUUUUCUCUCCCAUCCUCUUAUGUUCACUGCCCCGUUAGUUUCUGUUCACUGUAGAGCACUAUCACUUCUGCUUUUAACUGCAAUGCUCUUGUCUCUUCAGUGCCAGGGAUAAAAACAUGCUUCAUUCUCGGUUACAUUAACAAAACAGAAUUUACUAGUCAUACUGUACCGCUGGAAAACAGAUGUGGUUACAUCAAUGAGACAGCAGCACCAAGGAACCCAAGCCAUUCAGGGGAAGUAAAAGCAUGGAGUGGCCUUUACAUCACUUGCUCACACCUUUCCACUCAUCCUUCUGCAUAAGGAAUUGAAGUAUGGUUUAUCAUUCAUGGAAAAUGGGAAAGCAAGGUGAAUUCUGCUUGAAACAGACAUCAAAUAAUGUUAUUGUAGUAAAUGAAGAAUACACGGUCUAGCUGCAAUUUAGAUAAUACAGCUGCAAUGGUUUACAUCUCAAAUAAAGGCGAUAUUAUGUUUCACAGUUACUCCUGCUGCAGACAAGAAAUACCACAUCUACGUAGGGAGUCUGAUGCAUCAGCCUGAAGUAUGACGUUACUGCUGCUGCUGGACAAGUUUGAAAUUGUGAAUAUUGAUAUAAAGCCAGGUACCUCCUUGACAUUUAAAGGAGUGCCAGGCAGUGAAAACAGAUUUGCUAUUAACUUGGGAAAAGACAGUAAUAACCUGGCACUCCACUUCAACCCUCGAUUCGAUGAGAAUGUUGUUGUAUGCAACUCUCUACAUGGUGGAUCUUGGCAGUCAGAGCAAAGAGAGCGAAGAAUGAACUUUGCUAGGUCAGCAGUUGCUAAGUUUUCUGUUCAUUUCAGAGGAGAUGCAUUUGUUGUCAAAAUGCCUGAUGGAUCACAGAUAGUAUUUCCCAAUCGACAUGGGUAUAACUCCAUUAAUUACAUUGCUGUAAGAGGAGGCUUCAAAUUAACUUCCUUCAAAUUUGAAUGAGAAAAUGUGAAAUUCAUAUGAAAACAAUAAAACAUUGUUCAACGUUUUCUUACAA